AUGACAAGCAACAAAGUUCGCAGAGACAGGAAAGCUGACAAGGAUAUCCAUUUGAACAGAUGCUCCAUUUCGCCCGAUUGCGUCGCAAAAUUCAACGAGCUGAAGCUCAACAAGAAGAUCAAGUACAUCAUUUACAAGUUGACGGACGACUAUAAGGAGAUUGUUGUUGAGGAGACCAGCGAGGAUGGCGACUGGGAAGCUUUCCGCGAAAAGUUGGUUACCGCACAAUCGAAGAGCAAGACUGGCAAGGUUGGCAAAGGUCCAAGAUAUGCUGUCUACGACUUCAACUACGAGUUGGCUUCGGGUGAGGGAUCAAGGAGCAAGAUCACCUUCAUCGCGUGGUCCCCAGAUGAUGCCGGAAUCCAGCCCAAGAUGGUCUACGCCUCCUCCAAAGACGCCCUCAAGCGCGCUCUGAACGGAAUUGCUACCGAGUUCCAAGCAAACGACGAAGACGACAUUGAGUAUCAAUCCGUCCUCGCAAAGGUCAGCAAGGGUCUGGCAUAA